AUUUAAUUCAAGAGAGAAAUAUCUAAUCAUAAUACUUAAAAAUUGUGAAUGAUAAAAGUGCCACGUGAAUUUCAAUUAGUUUUUGUGAACAAUUUGUUUCAAUGACAUUGAAAAUAACAAAUAAAAAAUAUGGAAUUCGAAACAAGCAUAAAAAGAGCUUCAUUACUGUACGACAACGUACUUGAACAGAGUGGGGACAUCAGACAGAGCAAGUCUUCACAUACUCCAAUACCACGGGAUAAAUUCUUUUUAGCUACUUUAUUUUGUUUCUUUUGUGGAUUGGUAUCAAUGUUGCCUAUAAGUUUUUUUCUCAGUGCUAAUGACUAUUGGAUGUAUAAAUUACGGGACAGAACAAGUGCUAAUUAUAACUUAAACAACAAGACGGAGCUACAGACGAUGUUCGUAUCGGCGAAUUCAAUCGCCACUUCUAUUCCAAGUUUAAUUUCAGUAAUAUUGACAGGAAUAUACGGCCACAAAUUCAAGAUGAGGAAUAAUUUUUUAAUUGCACUUGGUAGUAUAAGUUCAGCGUUCAUAAUUCUAAACAUAUUAGUAAAAGUUGAUACUGAUACAUGGCAAAUCACAUUCUUCGUCAUAUCUUUGUUUCUUUUAGGAUUCAUUGCACUUUUCGUGCCAUUCCUAAAUAUAUCUCUCAUGGCCUACUUAUCCAGAUUUCCGGUUAUCUAUAUUAAGAUCAGUUUGUACGGUUCUUCGGUGGGUGGAUUGUUUGGAUCUACAUUGCAGCUCAUAUGUUUAUCCAUCGGAAACGAUCCCAUUUUGAUAGCUUUCAUUUACUUCACAAGCGGAACAAUAGUAAUGGUCUUCACACUCUCAUUGACCUAUUUGAUAAAAUAUUCUCCGGUUAUACAACUUUACGAAAAAAAUAGUGAAAAUGUUGGAAAUAAAACUCAUUCCAUACGAGAGUUCUGGGAAACUGCAAAACUUAUGUGGCCAUUACUUUUGAUGACUUUUAUAUCAACGAGUAUAACGGGUUUUGCACACCCCAACAUAACUAAUCUCAUUGUAUCAGAAGGAUAUACAGGAAAUCAAGAAAAUCUUUGGUAUGAUAAAUACUUUGCUGUGGCUGCAAUUUAUUUUUUGUUCGAUUUCUUUCAGUUAGUAGGACAAAUCUUUGUUCAUCCGAUAAUAACGAAAAAAAACUAUGGUUGGUUUUUGGCUAUUCAAGUGAUACGAUGUAUAGCAAUGGCACCUUUGUUCAUGUUUUGUAACGCACAACCACGUACUUUACCUGUAUGGUUCCCACACGAUUACCAAUAUAUGAUAAUAAUGGUCGUUUAUAGUUUAUCAUUCUCUAUACUUACGAGCACAGCAAUUCUCAGCACUCCCAAAUAAGGUUGAUUUGAAUACCCAGCUACAUGAUGCACCAUGUCCAGUUUAUAGAAGUUAGGAUAUUCUUUAUACGGACAGGUCACUAAAUACGACGCGCGAAGGUGGAAGUCGAAGAAAAUAUCAAUGUUUUCAACCGGCCUUGAAUAUUGCUUUAAAAAGUUUUAUAUUUUCCACACAUACUUUAUAAGUAUUAUAGUUAUAUUAUUGUUACUGCUGUAGUAAAAGAUGUAAUUAAAAAAAAUCCAAUGAAUCUCCUUGUAUACCAAUAGUACCAGUAACAUACAGUGAACUGAUUAUGUACUAGUAAUAGUUAUCAAAGUGUAAAUUUGAUCAUCGG